AUGGAGUCCACAAAUUCUGAAGCAGAAAAGUGCAGAAAUUUUUUGGAGAAGGUGAAGCAGACUGUUUACAUCGAUACCCUCCCACCACAAGCUAAUGAAUCAGUGUUGAAAACUGGGUUAGAUAAGUUUGGCGAUGUCAAUAAUAUAAGCUUCAUUCCUAACUUAAUGGAUCCUAGGAACAAUAUUGCAUUGUGCAUUGGUUGA